GCGGGGGGCAGCCGGCUCGGCCGGGCUGGGCUCGGGCUUCGGCAGCGCACUCGGAGCGCCGGCUGAGAAGUGUUUAGUUGUUUUUUUUCCUUCAAAGUCUAAUGGCUGGCGGAGAAGCAUAACCCGCCUCCUCUCCGGAUCUGUGCCUGGCUUUUCUCUUGCAUCCUGGGACUCGUGACCAUCAUGCGGUGAUGUGUGCCCAGAGAGAAACUGGGCCGCAGUGGAGAUGCAGACGUGACGGACAGGCUUGUGGACACAGUGGGGGAGAGGAGAGAGCGUCGAAGUGAAGGGUAACGCUGAAACAUGGACUUUCCCACUUGCAGAAGAGAGAGCCGAUCACCUAUGCAACCUGGAUCUCACCGCAUUUUGGACAUGACCGAGCCUCUUCAAUGGGCCAGGCAUCACUGGCAGCGGCUGAUCGGCCGUACGAACACAGACGAUGACGAGAGACCAUACAGUUAUUCCUCUCUGCUUGCCUGCGGGGGCAAGUCCUCCCAGACCCCCAGACUGGCAGGAAAGCAUCGAGUUGUUGUUCCCCACCUCCAGCUCUUCAAGGAGGAGUAUGAAAAGUUCUCUGGAACCUACGUGAAUAACAGAAUACGGACAACAAAGUACACGCUGUUGAAUUUUGUGCCAAGAAAUUUGUUUGAACAAUUUCACAGAGUCGCCAAUUUAUAUUUCCUGUUUCUAGUUGUUCUGAACUGGGUGCCUUUGGUAGAAGCCUUCCAAAAGGAAAUUACUAUGCUGCCUCUGGUGGUUGUCCUUACAAUUAUUGCAAUUAAAGAUGGCUUGGAAGAUUACCGAAAAUACAAAAUUGACAAACAGAUCAACAACCUAGUAACUAAAGUUUAUAGUAGGAAAGAGAAAAAAUAUGUGGACAGAUGCUGGAAAGAUGUUACUGUUGGGGACUUUAUUCACCUUUCCUGUAAUGAGGUCAUUCCUGCAGAUAUGGUUUUACUCUUUUCCACUGAUCCAGAUGGAAUCUGUCACAUUGAGACUUCUGGUCUUGAUGGAGAGAGCAAUUUAAAACAGAAGCAGGUGGUUCGGAGAUAUGCAGAGCAGGACUCUGAAGUUGAUCCUGAGAAAUUCUCCAGUAGGAUAGAAUGUGAAAGUCCAAACAAUGACCUCAACAGAUUCCGAGGCUUCCUAGAACAUUCCAACAAAGAACGCGUGGGUCUCAGUAAAGAGAAUUUAUUACUUAGAGGAUGCACCAUUAGAAACACAGAGGCUGUCAUGGGCAUUGUGGUUUAUGCAGGCCAUGAAACCAAAGCAAUGCUGAACAACAGCGGGCCAAGGUACAAGCGCAGCAAAUUGGAAAGAAGAGCGAAUACAGAUGUCCUCUGGUGUGUCCUGCUUCUGGCGAUAAUGUGCUUAACUGGUGCACUGGGUCAUGGAAUCUGGUUGAGCAGAUAUGAAAACAUACCCUUUUUUAAUAUCCCUGAGCCAGAUGGACAUACCACAUCACCAGUGUUGGCAGGUUUCUAUAUGUUCUGGACCAUGAUCAUUCUGUUACAGGUCUUGAUUCCUAUUUCUCUCUAUGUUUCCAUUGAAAUUGUGAAGCUUGGACAGAUAUAUUUUAUUCAAAGCGAUGUGGAUUUCUACAAUGAGAAAAUGGGUUCUACAGUUCAGUGCCGAGCCCUGAACAUCACUGAGGAUCUUGGGCAGAUUCAGUACCUCUUUUCUGAUAAAACAGGAACCCUCACUGAGAAUAAGAUGGUUUUUCGAAGAUGUAGUGUGGCAGGCUUUGAUUACUGCCAUGAAGAAAAUGCCAAGAGGUUGGAAUCCUAUCAGGAAGCUGCCUCUGAAGAUGAAGAUUCUGCCGGCACUCCCAGCGGCUCCCUCAGCAAUAUGGCGAAACCAAGGGCCCCCAGCUGCAGGACAGUUCACGGCCGGCCUUUAGGAAGUAUCUCCUCAAAUCAUCUUACUGGGAGCUGUUUCGCCCUAGAAAGUAGAGAAGGAGCCAGUGAAGUACCUCAUUCCAGACAGGCUGCCUUCAGUAGCCCCAUUGAAACAGAUGUGGUACCAGACACCAGGCUUUUGGACAAGUUUAGUCAGAUUACACCUCUACUCUUCACCCCAACGGAUGAGACUAUCCCAGAUCCACCACUGGAGACUCUCUACAUCAUUGACUUCUUUAUUGCACUGGCAAUUUGCAAUACAGUAGUGGUUUCUGCUCCUAACCAACCACGGCAAAAGGUCGGACUCUCUUCUCUGCGUGGAAUACCCAUUAAAUCUUUGGAAGAGAUUAAAAACCUGUUCCAGAGACUGUCUGUCCGAAGGUCAAGUUCACCGUCUCUUGCCAGUGGGAAAGAGCCAUCUGGAGUCCCAAACGCCUUUGUGAGCAGACUCUCUCUGUUUAAUAGAAUGAAACCAGCCUCACCUGUGGAGGAAGAGAUCUCCCAGACUCGUGGGAGCCUCCAGGACUCUGAUAACUUAGCUUGUCCCACAGAAGCUGAGAAAGAAAACAGCGAUGCGGGCAUCGCGAAUGGCGCGGUGGGACCCCUCCCUGGGCAGCCCUUGACCUCCAGCCUGUGUUACGAGGCCGAGAGCCCCGACGAAGCCGCCCUGGUGUACGCCGCGCGGGCUUACCGGUGCUCGCUGCGGUCCCGGACCCCGGAGCAGGUCGUGGUGGACUUCGCCGCUCUGGGACCGUUGACAUUUCAACUCCUGCACAUCCUUCCGUUCGACUCCGUGAGAAGAAGGAUGUCCGUGGUGGUCCGGCACCCGCUUUCCAACCAAGUGGUGGUGUACACAAAGGGCGCCGACUCCGCGAUCAUGGAGUUGCUGUCCGUGGCUUCCCCAGGUGGACCAGGUCCGGAAAAGCAGCAAAUGAUGAUCAGGGAGAAAACCCGGAAGCACUUGGACGACUACGCCAAGCGAGGCCUGCGCACUCUAUGUGUAGCGAAGAGGGUCAUGAGUGAUGCUGAAUAUGCAGAGUGGCUGAGAAAUCAUUUUUUAGCUGAAACCAGCAUUGACAACAGGGAAGAAUUACUCCUUGAAUCUGCCAUGAGGUUGGAGAACAAACUCACUUUACUUGGUGCUACUGGCAUUGAAGAUCGUCUGCAAGAGGGGGUCCCUGAGGCUAUAGAAGCCCUUCACCAAGCUGGAAUCAAGAUCUGGAUGCUGACGGGGGACAAACAGGAGACAGCAGUCAAUAUUGCCUAUGCGUGCAAACUGCUGGAGCCGAGUGACAAGCUCUUUAUCCUCAAUACUGAAAGUAAAAAUGCCUGUGAGAUGCUGAUGGAUACAAUUUUGGAAGAACUUCAGAAGAACCCAGCUUCUCCAGAGCAAGCAUCAUUGAGUGCGCGCUUACACCGGCCUCCUCCCACCCUGCAGGGCUCAGGGCUUCGGGCUGCGCUCGUUAUCACGGGGAAGACCCUGGAGUUUGCCCUGCAGGAGAGUCUGCAGAAGCAGUUCCUGGAGCUGACCGCUCGCUGCCAAGCUGUGGUCUGCUGCCGAGCCACGCCUCUGCAGAAGAGCGAGGUGGUAAAACUGGUGCGCAGCCGCCUCCGGGUGAUGACCCUGGCCAUCGGUGACGGUGCCAACGAUGUCAGCAUGAUUCAAGUGGCAGACAUUGGCAUUGGUAUCUCUGGGCAAGAAGGCAUGCAGGCUGUGAUGGCCAGCGACUUUGCUGUUUCUCAGUUUAGACAUCUCAGCAAGCUCCUCCUUGUCCAUGGGCAUUGGUGUUAUACCCGUCUUUCCAACAUGAUUCUCUAUUUUUUCUACAAGAACGUGCACAGUGAGCUUUUCAGGCAGCUCUCAGUACCUUACUGUUAGAAUUAGCACACUUACUCACCAGAGUACAACAUGCAGAGGACAUCACGCACAAUGCCGGGCUGGAGGAAGCACAAGUGGAACCCAGAUUGCCGGCAGAAAUAUCAAUAACCUCGGAUAUGCAGAUGACACCACCCUUAUGGCAGAAAGUGUAGAAGAACUAAAGAGCCUCUUGAUGAAACUGAAAGAGGAGAGUCAAAAAGUUGACUUAAAGCUCAACAUUCAGAAAACUGAGAUCAUGGCAUCCAGUCCCAUCACUUCAUGGCAAAUAGAUGGGGAAACAGUGGACACAGUGACAGACUAUUUUCUUGGGCUGCAAAAUCACUGCAGAUGGUGAUUGCAGCCAUGAAAUAAAAAGACACUCGCUGCUUGGAAGAAAAGCUAUGACCAAACUAGACAGCAUAUUAAAAAGCAGAGACAUUACUUUACCAACAAAGGUCCAUCUAGUCAGCUAUGGCUUUUCCAGUAGUCAUGUAUGGAUGUGAGAGUUGGACUAUAAAGAAAGUUGAGCGCUGAAGAAUUGAUGCUUUUGAACUGUGGUGUUAGAGAAGACUCUUGAGAGUCCCUUGGACUGCAAGGAGAUCCAACCAGUCCAUUCUAAAGGAAAUCUGUCCUGAAUAUUCAUUGGAAGGACUGAUGCUGAAGCUGAAGCUCCAAUACUUCAGCCAUGUGAUGCAAAGAGCUGACUCAUUUGAAAAGACUCUGAUGCUGGGAAAUAUUUAAUGCAGGAGGAGAAGGGGAUGCCCGAAGAUAAGAUGGUUGGAUGGCAUCACCAACUCGAUGGACUUGAGUUUGAGCAAACUCUGGGAGCUGGUGAUGGACAGGGAAGCCUGGUGUGCUGCAGUCCAUGGGGUCACAGAGUCGGACAUGACUGAGCGACUGAACUGAGCUGAACACUUAGUCAAAGUUUUAAUAAAAAACUUUACAAAAAUAUUUGAAAUGCAUAAUGUCUCUGUCUGAGUGUUGACUCUGGGUUAGGCUGUGAUCUGUAAUGUAAAAUUCCAGGACUCAGUGGUCUGUGACUUUAAGAAAGGAGCCCCUCUCCUAGGCUUCAUUUUCAUAUCUUUGCAUUUUUCUACUUCUAUUAAUAUUAUAAUGCCCUGGUGGUUCAGUGGUGAAAAAUCCACCUGCAAAGUAGGAGACACAAGUUUGAUCCCUGGGUCCGUAAGAUCCCCUGAAGAAGGAAAUGGGAAACCCACUCCAGUAUUCUUGCCAGGAUGAUCCCAGAGGAGGAAGAGCCUGGUGGGUUACACUCCAGGGUUAACAAAGAGUCAGACACAACUUAGCGACUAAACAAACAGCAACAGUUAUGAUGUAGCCCACUUCACCACUCCCUCCUUUUAACUCCAUAUUUUUAGCUAACAUUAGAAAGGGAUGCCACAUGCUCUUGGAGAGAGAGAAUGUUUAUUUGUAGAAAGUGCAUUACCAGGGAACAGGGACCCCACGGUCUUCCAGCUCCAUAAACCUUGAUGGCUGUUCACACUGAAAUCCUCCCAACUUGUUUCUGCCUCUUUCUUGCCUAGCCAAACAGGGAAUGGUUUGUAAACUAUGGAGAAUAGGGCCAGUAUCACAAGCCAUUUGAGCAGCUUAGCUUUCUGGGACUGUGGUUUUUUUAUCUUGAACCAAUUUUGAGAUAGUAAUAAAGGCUAUGGAUUCAGUCCCCAGUUAGCACCCCAAACUGCACAUACCCUAAACUACUAUGUUUUCAGGAGCAAGGCAUGAUAAAUAUCCAUGGACCCUAGGCUAAGAAGCUAUAUUCUAAGGAUUGUGGCCCCCAUCCUAUAGUGUUCCAGGGUAUCUAUGGUGCCAAUAAUAAUAAUAUCUUAAUUAAUGUUGAUUAAAAGGCACUUUAUUCUUGCUUGAGAACCCCAAGAACAUAUGAAAAGGCCACUGAAAGAUGAACUCCCCAGGUUGAUAGGUGCCCAAUAUGCUAUUGGAGAUCAGUGGAGAAAUAACUCCAGAAAGAAUGAAGGGAUGGAGCGAAAGCAAAAACAACACCCAGUUGAGGAUGUGACUGGUGAUAGAAGGAAGGUUCGAUGCUGUAAAGAGCAAUAUUGCAUAGGAACCUGGAAUGUUAGGUCCGUGAAAUCAAGACAAACUGAAAGUGGUCAAACAGGAGAUGACAAGAGUGAACGUCGACAUUCUAGGAGUCAGUGAACUAAAAUGGACUGGAAUGGGUGAAUUUAACUCAGAUGACUGUUAUAUCUACUACUGUGGGCAGGCAUCCCUUAGAAGAAAUGGAGUAGCCAUCAUAGUCAACAGGAGAGUCUGAAAUGCAGUACUUGGAUGCAAUCUCAAAAUCAACAGAAUAAUCUGUUUGUUUCCAAGGCAAACCAUUCAAUCACUGUAAUCCAAAUCUAUGCCCAGACCAGUAAUGCUGAAGAAGCUGAAGUUGAAUAGUUCUAUGAAGACCAAAAAACCUUUUAGAAUACGCAAAAAAGAUGUCCUUUUCACUAAAGGGGACUGGAAUGCAAAAGUAGGAACUCAAGAAACACCUGGAGUAACGGGCAAAUUUGCCCUUGGAGUACAGAAUGAAGCAGGGCAAAGGCUAAUAGAAUUUUGCCAAGAGAACCCACUGGUCAU